UCCUGUUGUCUUCCCAAAAUGUUCCCUCCUGCCGUUGAAUGCUGAUUCUUCAAGAAGAGAUUCCGAUUCUCCCUCCUUACUCCUGAAUGAAUUCGAAUCAACCCAUCCCAACGAAAAAGACAGAAUGUUUUCCUUGGGUUUGCGCUGAGGACCGUGAGACAGAGACGCUCCCGCGCUGGAGUAAAGAUGAGACAAAACGGCUGCCGCAGGAGGAGCAGCACCGCUGCCCCGGUGCCUCCGGUUCCAGGCCGGGCUCGAGCAGCCGGAGGUGAUGAAAACGGGGAUGCGAGAGCCGGUUGAGCCGGGCGCUCAGGAUAUUCAAGUGGUGCAUGUUGGCGAGCCCCUGGGACGGGUCACGCCGAUACGCAUCAAGCAGGAACCGGAGGCAGGUUGGGAAGCUGAAGAGAAGGGAGAAUUAAGGGUUGCUUGUUCUCAGUCAGGGGGGGAACAUCUGUUGUUUACUGGGCCCUUUGCCAGCUUUGAGGGCAUGACUGGGACUUGCAAAUGGCUGGCAGGAGAGUCGGGAGUUUGGCCAGUCUCUGCCCUUGCGGUGGACGGGCACCAGCCUUCCCUCAGGUCAAACAACGCUGGAGUGAGGCAGGACUGUGGGAGGGGGACGACCGCUCUCCUUCGAUGGGAAACAGAUGGAGUGGAAACUCAGCAACGCUUCCCGGAGGCCAGGGGCUUGCGUGAAGUCUACUGUGAGCUCCGGGCUCUGUGCCACCGGUGGCUGAAACCAGAGAGACGCAGCAAGGAGCAGAUUGUGGAGCUGGUGAUCCUGGAGCAGUUCCUGGCCGUCUUGCCCCAAGAACUGCAGGGCUGGGUCCGAGAGUGGGACCCCGAAUCCUGCGCGCACGUGAUUGGGCUUGUGGAGGACUUCCUCCACAGGCAGCAAGAGGCAGAGCAACGGGAACAGCAGGAUUUGAGGCCUUUCGUAGAGGCGGUGGUGAAUUCCCCUGAAGGAGAGCAAGAUCCAGCAGAGGCCUGGGAGGGAGCCCUGUUCAAGGAGAUCAAGCAGGAGUGGAAGAGAGACGCUGGAUCCCUGGGGGUCGGUACCCCAUGUGAGGAAAAGGAUGGGCUCCAGAGACUUUGGGGCCCAGCACAAACCUGCAGAAAAUUCCCCGGGGAAGCUGCCGGGCACCUGAUGCUAAGUUGCAAAAACUUUGCAGAAAGUUGCGUGUCAAAGAGAUUGCAGGAGCAGCCACCCAUGAUGAUAUGGGGCGAAGCUCCAGUCCCAGGGAAAGCCGCCAGGUCUCUGGAAGAAGCGGGCUGCCAUAGCAGAACGAUCAAACACCUAUGCCCAGAAUGCGGGCAGAAUUUCCAGCACAAAUCGACCCUCAUCCGGCACCAGAAGAUGCAUUCGGGCGAAAAACCCCACGUGUGCCUAGAGUGUGGGAAGACUUUCCGCCGGAGAGACAAACUGAUCCGGCACCAGAGAAUCCACACUGGACAGAAACCACACGCAUGUCCCGAGUGUGGGAAAAGCUUCCGCGAGAGAGGGAAGCUGAUCAGCCACCAGCGGAUCCACAUGGGAGAGAAGCCCUUUGCUUGUCCCGCCUGUGAGAAAACCUAUCGCUGGAAAGAAGAGUUUGUGAAGCACCUGAGAGUCCACGCGGGAGAGAGGCCCUGCAGGUGCCUCCACUGCGGGAAAAGCUUCAUUAGCCAGAGUCACCUGGUCUCCCAUCACCGGAGCCACGCUGGGGAGAAGCUCUACGAGUGCCCAGAAUGCCAGAGGGGCUUCUGCAGCAAGGAGAGCCUCAACAAGCAUCAGCAUGUCCACCUGGGUGAGAAAUCCUAUGAAUGCCAGGACUGUGGGAAGAGGUACCAAUACAUUUCAAACUUUGUCAAACACCAGCAAAUUCACGUGAGCGAACGGAUCCUCUAAUUGAGGGACUCUGAGGGGGGAACUUGAGGGUCUGCUGGACACUUCUCUGCUGUGGUCUCAUGCAUCUUGCACAUCUGUCUUAGUGUGUGCUAGAUGCAGAAGAAGAGACCAUAACUCCAGAAUAGGAUCCCUUUUUGCAGACGGAACAUUCCCUGCCUCUUCAGAUGGAAAGAUGACAGAGCAGAGCAAAAGACAUACAUUAAAUAAUAAAUAAAUAGUAUUAUUAUUAACCUUUCUCUGUCUGAGACCUGCUGCCAAUCAGAGUUAAACAGUGGGGUAGAUGGACAGAUAUUCUGAUUUGUUAUGAGGCCUGUUGUAUUUCCAGUGCCUUCUAAACAGGCACUGAUUGAGCUAAUCCAGAAUUUUUCAAAUGUUGCAGUUCCCUAAAGUAAUAGAUG